AUGAGCGCGGGCGGCAGCGGCUCGGCGGGCACCGCCACCUCCGCGCUGUGCCUGCUCCUCUCGCUCACCGCCGUGGCCGUGUGCCUGCUGCUGGGCGCUAAGACCGCCGAGCUGCAGGGCCGCCUGGCCGCCCUGGAGGAGCGCGGCGCCGCCGGCCCCGGGCCGCUGCUGGACGCGCUGCAGCCCCGCGUGGAGCAGCUCCUGCGCGAGAAGCUGGGCGAAGGACUCGCGAAGCUGCGGACGGCGAGAGAGGCUCCGUCCGACUGCAUGUGCCCACCAGGCCCUCCAGGGAGGCGAGGGAAGCCCGGACGGCGUGGAGAGCCUGGACCUGCAGGGCAGUCAGGACGCGAUGGUUACCCGGGUCCCCUUGGUUUGGAUGGCAAACCAGGGCCUCCAGGACCAAAAGGGGAAAAGGGUGAAGCAGGGGACAUCGGCCCGAGGGGUCUUAAAGGCGAGCCAGGGGACGACGGCCUUGUGGGUGCCAGGGGACCCCCGGGGCCAAAGGGCGAGACCGGCAUGCAAGGAAAGAAGGGUGAUGAUGGCAUCCCAGGGGAACCAGGACUUUCGGGCUCUAAGGGAGAAAAGGGAAGCACGGGUCUGAAGGGAGAGAAUGGCACGGAUGGUGUGCCAGGACCCAAGGGUGAGCCUGGUGAGAAGGGAGGAGUCGGCUCCAUCGGACCCCGGGGUCCCCCUGGCCUGAAAGGGGAACAGGGUGACACGGUGGUGAUCGACUACGACGGCCGCAUCCUGGAUGCACUCAAGGCUGCAGGGAUACACAAAGUGGUGGGCUCGCCAGGUCCCCCAGGGCCACCAGGCCCACAGGGAGCUCCAGGCCCCAAGGGGGAGCUGGGCCUGCCAGGUCCACCUGGACUGGAUGGAGAAAAGGGUCCCAAAGGAGCUAAGGGUGACCAAGGCAGUGCAGGGGUCACAGGACCGAAAGGAGAGACUGGAGAAAUGGGCUUAUCAGGUCCACCGGGAGCAGAUGGGCCAAAAGGAGACAAAGGAGACACUGGAUCACCGUGUUUGCAGAACAACCAUAUCAUCCCAGAGCCAGGACCGCCCGGAUUGCCCGGCCCCAUGGGUCCUCCAGGAAUCCAGGGGCCUAAAGGCUUGGAUGGUGCAAAGGGAGAAAAAGGUGACAGCGGUGAGAAGGGGGAGCAAGGCGAUGCGGGCCCAGCUGGUCUCCCUGGUGCUCCAGGGCUCAUUGGCUUACCUGGUACCAAAGGAGAAAAGGGAAAGCCAGGAGAGCCGGGAUUAGAUGGUUUCCCAGGUCUCAGAGGAGAAAAGGGAGAGAAGAGUGAAAGAGGGGAGAAGGGCGAGCGAGGGAUACCAGGGAGAAAAGGAGCCAAAGGGCAGAAGGGGGAACCUGGCCCUCCCGGAUUGGACCAACCCUGCCCUGUGGGAGAUCGUAGUAUUACAGGCAGCAAUGGGGACCCAGGUCUGCCAGGCCUGGAUGGGGUGAGCGUGCCCUGCCCGCUGGACUGA